UCUCUCUCUCUCUCUCUAGUUACUCUCUCCUCCCUCUUUUGCCCUAAAAUUUCAUUUUGGGGCAAAUCGACCCAAAAACCACAGCGAUUCAUCUCCCUCGACGCGGCUUCACACUCGGAUUUUCGCGGCUUUUGAUUUUCGAUGCCUCUUCUCUUCUCCACUGAGGUUUCUAAAUCUUGGUGAAAGAUCUGCGGUUCCUAGUGUUUGAGGUGAAGGUAUGGCCAAGGUUGCUCGACCUGGUUCUCUACCUCCUGCUGCUCUCAAGGUUGGUGGCGGAGCGAUGAAGGCCGGCCCAGUCAAAAGAAAGACGCCUUCAGAACUGAGAGAAGAGCAGUUGAAGCGGAUGAAUGCUGCAGAGAUCAUGGAUGAGUCUCCAGCCCAUUUGCUUGGUUCUGCAAACGAGGCAGACAAUGGGCUUAACAAACCAGAAUUGUCAAGGAUUCCUAGAUAUCAUGACAUCCGUAUGGAUGAAGUAUAUCCUGCAAAGAAAUCUAGGUCCAGAAUGCUAUUUGGAAAGGAAAAUGUCAAGGAAAGUAUUUCAAUGGAGCCACCUAUCAGCCUUAAGAGUCUCUCUGCGUGCUCUAGUCUGGCUUCCAAGAGAAAGCACCAACAAAUGGGGCCAGAGAUUGCAGCCGAAAGCACAGAAAAAGGUGUAGCUAAAGCGGGUCAAGCAAAUGAAAACUCUAGUCAAAGUACUUUCCGUAGUGUUACUGAGAUUUCAUCGGCUGGUGAUAGGUCAUCUGGCUUUGGAUCUGUUGAUGUGGGUAAAGCAAUGAAAGGAAUGGCCGCCCUUGAAUCCUCAAUUGCUACUGGUUUACCUGCUAAUUCUUCUGAAAGAAAUGUGGAUCCUUCAUCAACUGGUUUUGGCAACUUUUGCUUGCCUGGUGGCAAGGUUCCUCUGGAUUUUACUUUGAAAACUAGUAUGCGAGUGGUUUCCUCUUCCCCAGCGAGUCGGAUUCAUAAGUCAAUCACACGCUCCACAUUCAAAUUCGAUAGUUUUGAAGAUCAAAUUAUGAGCGGUAGCUCAGGGCUCACAUCAACUUCUGAAGUCAGUUCUAAACUUUUACAUUCAUGGGUUUAUCCUCAAUCUACCCUGCCACCUUCUCUUAUACAAGUGUUGACCUCCUCAACAGCCGAGGGAGUUGAAAUGGAUUUUUUAACAAAACGACAUGUAGCAUGGGAGGACUCAUUUCGGAGUCUAUACUACAUGCUUCGAAAUGGUGCCUGUAAUAUAUUUUAUGUGUGUACUCCAUAUUUUGUGGUAAUGUUUACUGGUCGGGAUGUUGCUGUGGGUACCAAACGCCUCACCAAUGCUUGUAUCUCCCAGUCAACAAGAGUCUUCCAAUCAUUGUUAAGAGAGAAUGAUGUUGCCUUCUCUAUGCCCCUUUGCCGUUCUAAAGUGGAGCAAGUCACUACAGAAGUCCUUGAUGAACUCUCAGAGAUGCAAGAAUUGGGCCAGACUCGACGCACACGAUCAUUGGUUGAUUUAGAUAAUACCCCAGAAUCUUUGCUGGUCAUUAGUGGGAAUAAGAAUGUACAUGGCCUGUUUGAUAUUUUAUUAAAUUAUAGAUCUUUCAUGACUACUUUGAUAGGAGUGGAUGUUCCUGUACUAUAUUCACCCGUGCCAUUUCAGAAUGCUGCCAUCUCUUCUCCACAGGUUAAAUGCAUGGAUCUGAAAAGAACAGAACAGGUGGUUGCUUCAAACAAAGGAUCUGUUUCACAAGAUGUUGGAUCUAUGCAAAGCAUAUCUUCUGGUCUCUGCUCUAGUGUUGAAAUUAAGGAUGCAUUUAUUCCACCAUGGAUUAUAUGCAGUGUAUGUGCUGUAGUGGGAUCUGAAGGGGGAAGCUUUGAGGCGAGUUUCACAAAUGAACCUACCUCAAUCAGUUUGAAUGGUUCAAUAGAAGCAGCUGCUGAGAAAUCUGAUUCUCAAGAUGGGAUAGCUGAAGAUUUGCGAAGUAGCAGUUCAGCUUUUGGUAUUUCAAAAGCCAUUGUAACACCAAACUUGCGCUUGGGUUUACUAAAGAGCUUGAAGUUUUCAAAUGGUUCUUAUAUGGCUUCUGUUUCUCCUACCUUGGAUUCCAAAUAAAAAACAACUAUUUGGUUUCACAAUGUUGGUUGGUAUCAUUCUUUAUCACUAACAAUUUCUAUGUACUUUGAUUAUGGUACUAUCCAAUUUGGAUGGCUUUCUUUUGGUAAUGUUUCUGUAACAAUGGUUGUACCAAUCAAAUGUACCACAUUGAAUCAUGGAAGGACUGCCUGUACGCUUACAAUGCGUUUUUGACAAACUAAUUGAGAAAAUGUUAAUGCUAUUAGCAUGCCCCCGGUAUGCA